AUGCCUGAUCAAGAGCAAGAAGCCGGUCCUCGGCCGGUCAGCUAUUGGACCAUGAACUUGAGCCCUCUGCUCGGCGGACAGCAACCAGAGUACUUCGACGAGCCUACGUACGGAUCUCGCAGAUGGCUUGUCCGGCUUAAUGAAAUACUCGAUGGCCUGCUUGACAAUUAUCGGAUGUUGUACGACAAGGCAUACGACGACUCGGAUGAGGAAACUAUAAGUUCGUCCACGAUGGACAACUUGGCCUCUAGCUCCUCCAAUGAUUCAGCUGCCAACGCAACACUGGCUUUGACUGAUAGUCCUACCUCGGAGCGUCUUGACCAAGUCGACACGUCCACCGAAGAUGGGGAUACCUCCACGGCGAACGGGGCUUCUCCCAGCUCGGACGAGGCAGAGUCCGUUGUACAGGAAGACCUUGUGUAUGUGCGUAGAGAUAUUUUCGACUCGGAAUCUUCCGGAGAGGGUGUUGACGCGGAAUAA